GCGGCCGCUCUUCCUUCAUUUGUGUCGGUGUGAUCUCAGUGUGAGCUGCUCCUCUCCUCUCCUCUCCUGUCCUCUCCUGUCCUGUCUGUCCUAGCGUCCGUCCGUCCAUCCAUGCCCGCUGUGUAAACCUGCUCUGUCCGGGAUAUUCUGCUGUUUCACCGGAUCCCAGUGCUGUGGAAUGAGUUUUAUCACCAGCUGGAGACGAAGCGUGAGGAAAAAUGACAGCAAAAAGGAUGCUCAGGAGGCACAGGACACCCCUGAAAGCCCGGACUCCCCGAGUAGGUUGUCAGUCAUGAGCAGUCCAGACCUGGAUCCCAUCAUCACAGACUUCAGGUUACAGCUACCAGACAACAAAGAAGCUCUGGAAGCAACAAGCCCGACGGAUAGGUGCUCGCGGUCAGACCUGUCUCUGGCACUGGAGGACUGUAUGGCUGCCUUGGAUCUGUUUCUCAGAAAUUACUUUGAGGAGGCGCAGGCCCGGCUCAGAUGCAGAACCAAGGACAGCAUGUACCACGCUCUGACCUAUGCCACUAUCCUAGAGAUGCAGGCCAUGAUGACCUUCGACCCCCAACACAUCCUUGCUGCAGGAAACACCAUGAAAGAGGCCCAGGCUAUUUGUCAGCGGCACCGCAAGAAGUCGAGCUUCUCCAAAAGCUUCACAGAAGAGGAACUCCAUGCUGAAGUUUGCUACGCCGAGUGUCUCCUGCAGAGGGCAGCACUCACCUUCCUACAGGAUGAAAACAUGAUCAGUUUCAUUAAAGGGGGAAUCAAAGUGAGAAAUAGCUACCAGACAUACAAAGAGCUUCACACAGUGCUCCACUCUGCUGGAUACACUCAUGGUGACAACCAUGGCCAUUUUGAGGGUGGUGUUAAAUUGGGAGUAGGAGCCUUUAAUCUUAUGAUUUCCAUGUUGCCCACGCGGACGCUCAAGCUGCUGGAGUUUGUCGGUUUCUCUGGUAAUAAGGAGUUUGGUCUGCAGCAGCUUCAGGAGGGCUCUGCAGAAAGCACAUUCAGGUCCUUCCUUUGUAACAUGCUGCUGCUCUGUUAUCACACCUUCAUGAGCUUCAUACUAGGCACUGGGGAAGGAGAUGUUGAAGAUGCAGAAAAACUGCUGCAGCCAUAUCUCAAAAAAUAUCCUAAGGGAUCCAUCUUCUUGUUCUUCGCUGGUCGAAUAGAGGAGAUCAAAGGCAACCUGGAUGCUGCUAUCAAGCGUUUUGAGGAGUGCUGUGAGGCUCAGCAGCAGUGGAAGCAGUUUCACCACAUGUGCUACUGGGAGCUGAUGUGGUGCUUCACAUACAAGAGGCACUGGAAGAUGGCUUACUUCUACGCAGACCUGCUCAGCAAGGAGAACUCGUGGUCUAAGGCUACCUAUGCGUAUAUGAAAGCAGCCUACCUCAGCAUGCUGACGACGGACGAUUGUCUAACUUUUGGCGACACUGCGCUCACUCUGUUCAGGCAGGUUCCAGGGCUAAAGCAGAAAAUAGCUGGCAAGUCUUUACCAACGGAGAAGUUUGCUAUCAGGAAAGCCCGUCGCUACCUCGCAGAAAACCCCAUUCCUCUUCCUGCUCCUCCACUGGAGAUGAUGUACAUAUGGAACGGCUAUACAGUCAUCGGCAAACACAAGGACCUGACAGAGGGCAUGCUGAAAACACUGGAUGAGGCACAGGCUAAACUGGAGAGCAGCCCAAGGACUGAGUUCUCUAUAGAUGAUCAGUGCCUGCUGAGCCUACUGAAGGGACUGUGUCUCAAACACCUGGGGCACCAUGAGGAGGCCGAACACUACUUCACCCUCGUCCUCUGCAAUGAGACUCAGAUCAAGUAUGAUCACUACCUGGUUCCUAAUGCCCUGCUGGAGCAUGGUCUGCUGUGUCUGGAGCAAGGCAGAAAGGAUGAAGCUAUCAAACUCCUAGAAGCAGCAAAGCAAAAUUACAAAAACUACUCAAUGGAAUCACGGACACACUUCCGUAUUCAGGCUGCUCUGCACAAGGCAAAGGGCACUGGGGAGAACGGCAUCCAUGUUCCCUCCAGCCCAUAACAGACAGAGGAGGGCACACUAGAGCAGAGACAGCUUUUUGUUUCUGCAGUCCCACAAUGCAACACUCAGCAUCGCCAAAGCCCCGCCCAUUCAGGCGGGCGAUUUGUUUUUUUUCAUCAGGAGGAUAGGGGAAGAGGUAUCCUUAUUUUUCUUGUGUGUGCCACCCACAGGGGUGCCUGCAGCUCUAUGUGGCCCUGAGUGGUUUAGGUGGGUUUGCUACACCCUCUUCCAGAGAUAUAUUACGAUGAGAUUCAUUUACUCGUGUGAUUUGAAAUAGAGACAAGUUGAGAAAUGUGCCUAUAUUUAAGAAAACAUUGCUUCUAGCAGGCUUAUUUGUCUAGCACCGUGGCCACCCUUAAGGGGUGCACAAGGGUAGAAAACAAGGCCACAUUUGUAUAGUACAUACCGCACAGGGCCUCAAACCUACCCCAGAAUAAAAAUGUGCCCUGUUCAGGGUACUGGGAUGGACCUGAUGGAGCCAGAGUACCAAGCAGCCCAAGAUAAAUUAAUGACAUUAACUCCACCAGGCCAACAGCACUAUUUGGCUUUGCUACUAAGCACUCCCACUACCUUUUAAUGUAAUGUAAAUUAGUGAUUAUUGAUCAAAUGAAUUGAGUAGAUGGAAGAUGACAUAUCAUUAUUUGUUGACAUAGUUUGACACUCAUUAUAUAUUGUAUCAUGUAAAUCAAUACAUAUUCCAUGAGAACUGUGAGACUGUUUUGUACUGUCAUUUUAAAAAUUUUUGUUCACAGGUUUCACCUUUGUUCAGAUUUUUGAUCACCAGUAUGACCAAAUUAGAUGUACAUUCUGAAUGUUGGAUUCAGUUUUCUAACACUACAUAAUCUUUGGUUCGUUGUGUUUCUCGGAGUGUUUUAACAUUUUAUUGUUUAUUUUAAGUUUUCCUCAUUUCAUUGAAACCUAUUGAAACACUGAAAGACAAAAAAAAUAUUUGUUUCUUUAUUAGACUUUCUUUCAGUCUUCUGAAGACUUGAUCAAAUCUACAAUCCUGUUGUAUUUACAGUUAAAUGUAAUGGCUCUUGCACAAAGCUUUGUAAAUCAGCCAGCCACGCAAACUCUCCAUAGUCAAAAAAUGCCUAUCAGACUUGCAGUGAGAGUUGUUCUUUACAUUUAUAUACUGUAAAUGGCACCUUUUACACAAAUUGUCCCGUUUUAAGAGGACAGAUGAAUGUGUCUUUUAGAAAGGCAGACUCCCUCCUUUUCUCCUCCUGGUUAGUGAGACAGGUUCCAACAGUACUUGAGCUUGAACAAAUAGGCCAUUCACGCCGAGCAGCGAAGGACUGCGUGCUUGUCUGCCUGUUGCAUCUUUAGUGGGUGAAGAAGCUCUGAAUGGCAACCACCACAGUCUUCUUGCUUUGUGAACAUCCUCUGCUGCUCAUGUAUCACCCAUGCUUGACUAGAACCACCUAUAGAAAGACUUGAACAUCAUAACCACGAUCCUGUGUCAAAUAAUAAUCUGUACAUGAACAAAUACUUGUAAUGAUUGAAAUGAUAAGACAGAAAGGGGUCACCUCUAAUUUUGCUAGUGGUGAGGUUAUUUGAAGGGCUGUGUCCCAGCAACAGUGUCCAAAACCUAGAAAUUCAGAUGGCGUCUCAAGUGUUGGAAUUAGAGCACUGCUGAUUUAUUCAUGAUCAGAGUAAGGUCUGGGAUUCAAGAUGAUGACUAGGAGUCAGUUUCGAUAUUUUUAAUGGUGAAGGAAAUGUAUUCUUAUUUCUGUUUUAACAGCAAAAGCUCUCUGUAAUGUUCCAAUAACAAAUCGUAAUUUAUGUUUCAAUAAUUAAUCAAGCUUUGUUUUUCUUUUUUCCCUUUGGUUUUACUGGUGUAGCUGAAAGAAAGUCUAACCAAAUUUAGUGGCAUUGUGAUGUUGACAAUCAGCAUAUUAUACUGGGCACGGCUACCACCGAGCAGAAUUACAUUCCUGUACAUACUGAAUGUUUCUAUUGUAAUUUAAGUUGAAAUGAUGAUGAGCAACUAUA